AUGUUCGUGAAAUUCGAGGUUGCAGAACAAGAAGCUGCAGGAAAUAGCAGCUUUGACCCAGAAUCGAGUGCGAUUCAAAUGAUUUGUGGACGCCCUACGCUUCAUAGUGGAGCAAUAGGAACCAAUCAUCAUCAUCAUCAAGGAUAUCCUAGGGACGGGUUUCUGUUCAAUACACCAUUAUUCAGCUUAAGUCUAGGAUAUGGCAAAGGAAAGAUAUGA